AAACGAAGCUCCUUUCCCUUUUCCGCCCAAACCCUCUCUCAGAUUUUUCAUUCCCGCUUAAAAUAAAUACCAAAGAAAGGCCACACCCAGGUUCUGCAGGGAAAAAUCCAGUGGGGUUGUAGUUGAAUUACUCUGAAACAACAACAACAAAGAACGACUACAACAGGGCUCCCCAAGGACAAAUGUUAAUUUCUGUGCCAGGUCGGUACACCGGCAGCGUCGACGACGAAGACAGCGGCCUCCGCCUCCUGCUCACAUGACUCGCGGCGGGGCCGAGGCGGAGCCCGCUAGGACGGCCUCCCCGGCUCUCCACUCCGUCCGCUGGGCGGGCCUGGCUUGGGGGGGAGAAGCGGAAGGGAGAGCCCGCCCGCCCGCUGGGGAGAAGCGAGUGAGCCCUGAGGGAGCGAGGCAGACAUGGCGGCAGGCGCAGCCCACCUCAGCUCCGGCCGGGUCAACCUGACGGCGCUGCGGGAGGCCGGCCGCAAGGAGCUGCGCGAGUUCCUGGACAAGUGCGCCGGCUCCAAGGCCAUUGUGUGGGACGAGUAUCUGACAGGCCCCUUUGGACUCAUCGCGCAAUACUCGCUUUUGAAGGAACAUGAAGUGGAGAAAAUGUUCACCCUCAAAGCAGGCCGCCUGCCCCUUGCUGAUGUCAAGAAUAUUAUUUUCUUUGUCAGACCAAGACUAGAGCUCAUGGAUAUUAUUGCUGAAAACGUGCUCAGUGAAGACAGAAUCCGUUCCCCGCUGAGGGAUUUCCACAUCCUGUUCGUGCCACGCCGCAGUUUGUUGUGUGAGCAGCGCCUGAAAGAGCAGGGAGUCCUAGGCUCCUUCAUCCACCGAGAGGAGUACAGCCUGGACCUCAUUCCAUUUGAUGGAGACCUGUUAUCCAUGGAGUCUGAAAGUGCCUUUAAAGAGUGCUACUUGGAAAAUGACCAGACCAGCCUCUACCAUGCAGCAAAAGGACUCAUGACUCUCCAGGCUCUUUAUGGAACCAUCCCACAGAUUUUUGGGAAGGGGGAGUGUGCACGGCAUGUAGCAAAUAUGAUGAUCAGGAUGAAGAGAGAGUUCUCUGGGAGCCAGAAUCCAAUAUUCCCUGUCUUUGAUACCCUCUUGCUGCUUGACCGCAAUGUAGACCUGAUAUCACCUCUGGCCACACAGCUGACCUAUGAGGGACUUAUUGAUGAAAUCUAUGGAAUUCAGAAUACUUAUGUGAAACUCCCCCCAGAAAAGUUUGCUCCUAAGCAGCAGGGGGAGAGCAGCAAAGAUCUCCCCACAGAGCCCAAGAAGCUGCUGCUGAAUUCCGCUGAGGAGCUCUAUGCAGAAAUCAGAGAUAAGAACUUCAAUGCCGUGGGCUCUGUGCUUAGCAAGAGGGCGAAAAUAAUCUCUGCAGCUUUUGAGGAAAGGCACCAUGCAAAAACAGUAGGAGAGAUCAAACAAUUUGUUUCGCAACUGCCACAUAUGCAAGCAGCCAAAAGCUCUUUAGCUAACCACACUUCCAUUGCGGAGCUCAUCAAAGACAUCACUACAUCAGAAGACUUCUUCGACAACUUAACAGUGGAGCAAGAGUUUAUGUCUGGAAUAGACACUGAUAAGGUCAACACUUUCAUUGAAGAUUGUAUUGCCCAAAAGCAUCCUUUGAUCAAGAUAUUAAGGCUUGUUUGUCUGCAGUCGGUGUGCAACAGUGGGCUGAAGCAGAAGGUCCUGGAUUAUUACAGGAGAGAGAUCCUCCAGACUUACGGUUAUGAGCACAUACUGACCUUAAAUAACCUAGAAAAAGCUGGACUCCUGAAACCCCAAUUAAGCAGUAGAAACAACUACCCAACAAUUCGGAAAACCAUGCGCCUAUGGAUGGAUGACGUUAAUGAACAAAAUCCAAAUGAUAUUUCCUACGUAUACAGUGGUUAUGCUCCUCUAAGUGUACGCCUGGCACAGCUGCUGGCUCGCCCCGGGUGGCGAAGCAUCGAAGAAGUCUUAAAGAUGCUUCCUGGCCCACACUUUGAAGAGAGGCAGCAGUUACCUACCGGGCUUCAAAAAAAGCGUCAGCAUGGAGAAAACAGAGUCACUUUGGUAUUUUUCCUGGGUGGUGUGACCUACGCUGAAAUCGCAGCCCUCCGGUUUCUCUCUCAGAUGGAAGAUGGGGGCACAGAAUAUGUAAUUGCAGCAACCAAACUGAUCAACGGAACAACUUGGAUCAAGUCUCUGAUGGAGAAGCUGGAGCCUCCGCCUUUUUAGAAUGAGAAUAUUGCACAAAGAUCACGUGAGGCCGUUAUCUGUCACAGGCCAGUGUCUUCGUAAGGAGUAGAGAAACAUGCUGGCCAUGAAGUAUGACUUCUGGCGUGAAGUAUGACUUCUGGCAUUUGCUGGGUACAGUGUGUGAACAACCAGAGCAUUCUCCUCUCUGUACAGUUCUCUUGCUUUGAUGUGUUCAGAACUUUUGUAAGGAGCUGAUGCUUCUGGUAGAGCGUGAAGAAGUGUUGCAGUUCAGAAAGGAGGUUUCUGAAACACUGAUAUGGGAGGCAACGUAAAACGGCCGCUUUGGCUGGCAUCCAAAGGAUGUGCAUUCUUCCCAGGCUCCCUCUGAUACUUGGCUCCCCUCUGCACUCUGUUUCAUUUCUUCACCCUUCCUACACUUCCUUCCCAAACAAAAUCGUCACGUUAACAGGCCCAGGUUUACAGAGCUGCCUUCCCUCUUGGUGCCACUUUUCUAAAAUCCCUUUCAAACCUCUGAGUCCACAGACAUGCUCCACAGACUUCCUUGUGUUUGUAAAGUGUGCAAGUGACUGCAGCAUCCAAGGCCUCUUGCCCUGUAUUCCCUCAGGCCUCGUGUGCAUCCUGAGCAGUGAAUUUGUGUUCUUCCAUUGUCUGUGUGGGAAAAUGAGAAAAUUAUUCUCACUAUAGGCUGUAAAAAAAUGACUGAAUUGCUUGUUGAAUGUCAGUGUUUCCUUCUUCCAGGCCCUGUAUCAAAUGAGUUUGUAAAAUUUACCAUAAAGAAAAUGGAAGAAAAGAGCAUAGGACCUUUCGGUAGCUGUGCUUCAUAUGAAGGGAAAGAGAAGCUUCUCCCCUAAAUCUAUCUAAUAUUGUAGUGCACUGCUUCUCGUAGAGGGUAUUUAGGUUCAAACCCAUUUUAUCUGGUUUAAGGUGGCAGAACUCAUUUUCCAUGUGUGAUGAGAAAGGGGAGGGUUAACUACAGCUUUUGUCUCUGAGUAUUCACCUUCCCUCUAUGCUGCCUCACACUUUUCUCCUAGAGACUUGAUUGCCCGUAACUGUUAAUUUGUGUUGCAUUUCAAGUUCUGUCAUGUUGUCGUGAAUAUUCCAAAGGAAGCGUAGGGUAAAGCCUCUGAUGUGACCAAGUCAAUUUCUUUAUGGGCUGAGAACUCCAAACCUUAAAAUAGAUUUGCUUUGAAAUUAAUAUUUUGUCUUUGACUUCACUGGAAACAGUGAUUUCCUCCAAACAAGGUGAAACUAUAUAUAAAUAGGAAAACUAUGUGCCCAGAUUAUUAAUCCAGGCACAAAUGUAAGCAGAAUGGAAUUGUUAGUUUACAGUAAUCGCCGGAUACCAGUAACAGAGGGAAUUCAUUUGUUUCUAAACAAGAACUUUUAAAGAAGUAAUUUCCCAUUAAUGCUUCAUCAUUAUUAUAAAGGCAGCUAUGUAUCUUA